GACACAGAUGAGGGGCUGUUGAGCCUGGAGGCCCGGUCACAGAGUCAUGGCGGGAGUCAAUAGUUAACCACCUUCCUGCAUGACCGGCGGUUUCAACAUGGAAAUUAAAAUAUAAAUAAUGAAUCUGUAUUGUAUACCUUACCAUUGUUUUUUUUACCCGCCCUUUGGGUAUACUAUAAUGGAAAUUUGAGGUUUUGUGUACACGAGGAAUUAACAAUGAAUAAAGAUAUCAAUCAACAUAGGCUCGUGAAUGCGAUGGAGUCGGAAUUUACGGACGAGAGUGCUUGUGAAAUUUAUUCACAGUCUGAUGUGGAGGACACAUUGACCGAUCAAGGUCAAUUUGAAGCUGGGUCAAGGUCGUCUCUUAUGGAUAUUCACAAUGAUUUACAUCCCAUCGGCAGAUCGGGUACAGACUCGUCGAACACGACAAUACAGGAUAGAGCUUCACCUACUGACCUUGAACCCGGGGACCUCGAGAGAACGAACACGCCAACCGAAUCCGUGGCAACGGAAUCGGCUCUUUAUGAAACACCCUUUACCUCCAUCAGUGGUUUUGACGUUUAUUUAACUGCAUUUGAGGAAAGUUUACAUUCUAUCGACAAAGUUUUAAAACUAGACAGCCUCCCGGAAAUUCCGGCAGCCACAUCCAAUUCUAAAAUCCGAAAAGAUUCAACGGCAAAGCAAGACUCGGAAUGCCAAGAAUCUCAAAAACCUCAGUCCAAAGGAGGUAAGGGAGGGGAGAGACUUGGCUCCACAGGAAAAUGUACCCCGAAGAAAACAAUACCAUCCCCUCCUAAAACUUUACCGAUGACCUCUGCUGAGGACACGAAAUCACUUUCUGGAAAAAGCAAAACUUCAAAUGGAUCUCUGAAAUCUGAGCAAUCCGGGAAUUUAAAAUCCCUUUCAAAGGAGAUCAAAGGAGGGACCAAGGCUUUACUGAUACAAAAGGCAAAAAACAAAAUUAUCAUGCUGAGGGUUCUCAAGGAGUUAAAGGGAAAGACUUCAUUCCGACCAAUAGCAGAGGAGACGGAAAGGCCCGAAACUGCGUCAGAUAAAAAAACUCUCAGUGAGCGAGACAACGAAAGCGAAGAACACGAAGCAUUCCAGCAGAUACAGAGUCAAGCAAAAGUCCAACGACCCGAACCCGCCAAAUUCCUUAUCCUUCAUUAUUCCCCUUUUAAGGCGGUAUGGGACUGGAUCGUGUUAUUUCUUGUGUUAUAUACCGCUGUGUUUACGCCAUACUUCGUGGCUUUUAUUUUGAACGAAGACGAGGCUAUGAUGAGACUACAUCGAGAUUCUGCUACGAGACUUCAACACGCGGAAACAAUCAAAACAGACCCCUUUGUUAUAAUAGACUUGAUUGUGGAUAUUAUGUUUAUAGCAGAUAUUUUGAUUAACUUUCGAACGACUUACCUACAUAGUGGGGAGGUUAUUAUGGAUCCCCAAAAGAUCGCCAUCAACUACAUCAAGGGAUGGUUCAUCAUCGAUUGUGUGGCAGCUAUGCCCUUUGACCUAUUACUUUUUGGAUCAGGAAAUAGUGAUCGAAUGACCAUUACUGGUAUCCUCAAGCUCGCCCGUCUUUUACGUCUUCUUCGAGUUUUGAGGCGGAUCGAACAAUUUGCUGCAUAUGGGGCGGCUGUUUUGAUGUUGUUGAUGGUAUCAUUUACACUGAUUGGCCACUGGCUUGCUUGUAUCUUCUACGCAAUCGCAUACAUGGAGCGCCCACAUCUUCCUGAACGAAUCGGAUGGCUGGAUUCCUUGGCCGACGCCUACAAUAUGCCAUAUCUCCCUAAUGAUACGAUGAGUGGUCCACCAAUCAAAACACGUUAUAUAACCGCACUUUACUUCACAUUCACCAGUUUGACAAGUAUUGGAUUCGGCAAUGUGGCGCCAAACACGAAUGCCGAAAAAAUCUUCAGCAUAUUCGCCAUGUUGCUUGGUUCUCUGUUGAGUGCCGCCAUUUUUGGUAACGUCUCUUCCAUCAUGUUACGUAUGUAUCAGGGAUCAGACGACUAUCAGGAGCGAGUAUCCAGCAUAAAAGAGUUCAUCAAUUUCCACCACUUGCCAAAGAACCUGGCCACCAGACUACAGGAAUCCUUCCAGCACGCGUGGACGUAUACUAACGGAGUGGACAUGGGAAAUGUUCUGAAGGGAUUUCCUGAUUGUCUCCAGUCGGAUAUCUGUCUACACCUCAAUAAAAAUCUGCUGACCAACUGUCAGGCUUUUAAAGGAGCUAGUCCUGGUUGUUUACGUUCAUUAUCACUAAAAUUCAAAACCACGCAUGCGCCGCCUGGUGAUACACUUAUCCAUCCGGGAGACAUUCUGACAGCCAUUUAUUUCAUGGCCCGUGGGUCUGUGGAAAUUAUGAAAGACGACUCUGUAAUGGCAAUACUGGGAAAACAUGACAUUUUUGGAGCGGACAUGAAGGAUUCCGACACUGCGGGGCAGUCCCUGUAUUUUGUGCGGGCCUUGUCUUAUUGCGACAUCAACAAAAUAGAAUUGGACGACCUGAGGGAAGUCUUACAGACUUACCCAGAAUUCGCCGAACAGUUCAUCAAGAAGUUUCACGUGACUUUUGAUUUAAAGAAGGGGACACUUCUGGAAAGAAAAUAUAAAUCGAAGAUAGAAGACGAAACUCUUAAAUUUAUCCGCCAAAAACGUCCCAGAAUGCAGUGCAAAGGACGUUCUGUAGAUACUGGUCCAACAAUGAGGCACCGGAAGAGCUACAUCAGACAUCGAAACAGUAACGAUCCAACCGGAAGUGACGAAGAACACGUGGGUAUUCUGGAGUUUUCUACCGAACAGGCGACAGAGGGUGUUGACAUAGAGGAGAAGGAUGUCACUCAUAAAAGAAAGAAUUCCACUGCUUCGGUGUCAGGUGCUAUGACGAAUUUUUUCUCCGCUGUGACAACAGUGUCCAGGAUAAACAAGAUUUCUAGAACCAAACCACGUCCAGCAAUGACAGCCAAAUCAAAGUGGGGCGCAAUCAAGUCCGAAAUCCUGUCAGACAAACGCUUACCUGACGUAGAAUCAGGCGAUGCACGUGAUCACAAUUCACCAAUAGAAUCUACAGCUACGUCAUACACGCCAAAAUCUCUUUCCAGUUCCGGUCUUCAGUUAAUCACUGUCGAUUACGACGUUCCCAAGCAACGAGAAAAUCGUGACUAUAGUCACGUGACUAGCGACAUGGACAACAAACUUAUUUCUCUUCAACAACGAAUGAAUGCAUUUGAAAGUGAACUUUUUACAACUGUGGAUGCUAUUUUAAAAAUCCUUGGACAAACGCCAAAAUACCCAAGUGAUGCUCAAAUUCACAAUGUUACUAUGCAUCCGUCCGCCAAAGCCACUGACGUCAGCAAGGCGCCAAAAUCGAAAGGAGCCAGACUGAUUAAAACUGUUCAUGAAUUAGAUCGAGUGUUUGCUAAAAUAUGAUUAAAACAUCAAGAAUAUG